UUUGAAUCGGAAACUUUCAUAUCUAGAAUUUUAUUUGUUCAUCAAUAGCCUCUAAACUGAGGGCUUCCCCUUCCAAGUUUCCACACAAGAAAAGAAAGGUCCCCUACUCCUCUCAUUCCUUGCUAGUCAAAGUCCACUCUAUUCUUUCACUUAUGAAAACCUCAACCAACCAAACAAACCUAAACCCAACAUACAUCAAUAAAUACCUCCUUUCAAAAUUCAAACUUUACACCUCUUUCAUAAACAAACUUAAAGUUUUUAUUAGUAAGCACAUAUCUAGUUUCAUUUCCAUCAACAAAAAUGAGCACUUUCUCUCUUCACCCAGCUCAACUCCUCCUCCUACUACCACUUGCUCUCCUCCUCCUUUCUCCACCCUUAACCACCGCCCAACAACCACCCGCCUUCACAUGUAGAACCCGAUCGACGUGCCGAGCUCUAGUAGGCUACAUCUCCCCCAACACCACUACAAUUGGGCACAUCCAAACUAUGUUCCAAAUCAGAACUCUCCGUACUCUCCUAGGAGUCAACAACCUCCCUCCCAAUACCCCACCAAAUCACACCGUCCUUGGUAACUCAACGGUCAGGAUCCCUUUCCCUUGCAUUUGCAACAAUGGUACAGGGAUCUCUAACCGUGUACCUUACUACACUGUAGUACAAGAUGAUGGUUUAUCUCAUAUAGCUGCUUCGGUCUUCUCAGGACUAGUGGAAUAUAAUCAAAUUGCUACUGUUAAUAAUAUCACAAAUGUCAACCUUAUUUUUGUGGGACAGAGGUUGUGGAUCCCACUUCCUUGUAGUUGUGAUGACGUGGAUGGACAACAGGUGGUUCACUAUGGACAUGUUGUGGCUUCUGGGAGUAAUGUCAGUCAGAUUGCGGCUGAUUUUGGUACUAGGUCGGAGACUUUGAUGAGGCUGAAUAAUAUGACUGAUCCUGAACAACUUAUUGCUGGUCAAGUGCUUGAUGUUCCUCUAAGAGCUUGUAAUUCAAGCUUGAGGAGCAGCUCCCCUGACUCCUCCAUGCUACUCUCUAAUGGCAGUUACGUUUACACUGCCAACAACUGCGUGAUGUGCAACUGUGAUGCGUCAAAUAACUAUACGCUGCAAUGUCGCCCAUCAGGACUAAGUGCAAUGAAUUGGCCUACAUGUCCUGCUAUGAGAUGUGAUGCUGCGAAUAUGUCACUUGGUAACUCGACUACAUCGAGCUGCAACCGCUCAACUUGUGCCUAUGUUGGCUACAACAGAGAAACCGUUCUCACAGACGUCAUUGAUGAAAAUACUUGUCUAGCCCCGGGAACGGAUGACAGUAACCAAGGUCCGGAGGUUCUUUGGAGAGGUUGGAGUUUGGCUAUUGUAUUGCUUUGUCUUCAGGUGAUCAUGUUCCAAAGAUUUCUAUGAUUCGUUUAUACUUGGACUUUUGUGUGUUGUUCUAGUACACUAGGAGUUAGUUUUUGUUUUUCUUUCUUAGUGUUUUUCUUUUUGGAAGGGGGGGAUUUAUGAAAGAGUUGUAAGUGAAUAAUUUUGUGGCAUUUGUAUGAGAAUUGUGUGGUUCAAUAUUGUUUUGUAAUGCAUCAGGUUUUUGGCUCGGGAGAUGCCCGUCUACUUAAA